AUGUUUGUCGAUCACAUUGGGCAGAACAAUCCUGAGCUGUGCCCGCAUCGCAGCGGCCAGCCACCGUGCAGCCUUGCCACCACUGGUUGGCUCCCUAAGGGCCAAGUUACGCUGCAGUGGAGGGUGCUGUCUUCUGGAAGGUUGACAGGGACAACUAAAAUAACAUGCAAUAAAAGACAGGUAGCUCUAAGAAAAGCAGCACAUUCUGAUGUAGAAUCUGGCUACUCUCUCUGCUCCUCGGACUCUGAAGAUCAGGUUGCAACUAUUCAUAAUGGCCUUGAUCGCUGUGCAGCAUUGCUCAAGGAUAUCUUACAAAAUGAGUCUGAACGAAUAGAAACUGUUCAUCAGAAGCCACGAAAAGCAAGCAAUGUCAAAAUGACUUCCAGACCCCGACUCAAUAAAGUGAAUGGUUCAAAGAAAAGGGGUGCAAAAACCCCUACUCUUUCGACGCAUGUACAUAAAGAAAUUGUGCCUGUAUCAAAUAGGAAACCAGCCUCAGUUACUAAAACUGUCGUUGAAAAAGACAGAAACCUUGUAAGCGCUGAACAACCCUUUGUCCAGCCGGUUCCAGCACCUUUCACCCAGUGUUCUCCUGUAACCCACCAGAAGUUGUGUGAGCAUGUGCAGACUCAAAUGUCUCUGCUAAAUAUCCAACCUCCACAAAUAGCCACUGGUAUUCCAGAAGUACCACUUUGCACUAUUCCUGAAAAUGGAUGUCAGCCAGUUGCAGCGUUCAAUUGCCGUUUACCUACUUCCACGCCGGCUCUGUCCCCACAGCAUACAGCUGAUCUGUCAGUCGUGCAGCCUGUUGUUUCCAUGGACAAUUGCAGCCAGCGUGCAUCGCAAAUGGGACCCAUUCUUGCACCAGCAGCUUUCAGUGCUUCCACUUCUGUUGCCAAAGUGCAGCCUGUCCCUACAUGUUCUGCUCUGCCCCAUGUACUUCAGACUACUUUGGACAAUCCCACGAGACGCACAGUCCCUGCAGCACCUGGUAAUAGAGAGGCUGUGUCGGAUCAAGGAAGCCAGGACCAACAGCUAAAAGAGACAGACUUAAUAAGAUGUAUUCAGGCACAUCUGGCUCUGUUGCAGGCACAUGAAGAAGAAAACAAAUGUGGGAAGGCUAAUGAAAAGUGCCAGGCUGUUGACCCAAUACAAGCCCAGUCCUUGAAUUCCCAAGAAGAAGCUGCUGAGGAACAUAGCAAGGAUAUUCUGAGUAAAGAGGAGGGCAUGGAUGGAGUUGACAUGGCACCAGUGAGAGAGACGAGUUGUCAGACUAGCUUUGACAAGGCAGCUUUAACCUCUCAACAAAGAGGCUUGCAAGAAACAGCUAAAAAAAUGAAAACAGUGAAGUAUUUUUUGAGAGAGCUGAAGGCCCUGCUCACAGACCACGAUAAUUCAGAAACCUUGAGGCUGCUGGGUGAAGUGGAAGACUGCAUAUCUCUUUUGCCUGCAGCUGUUGACAGUUCAAAUGCACAAGCCGAAAUAGCGCUUAUUCUUCAGCCUCUCAGAAGUGAAAAUGCCCAGUUGCGCAGGCAACUAAGGAUUUUGAACCAGCAGCUCAAAGAAAAAAAGAGAGCUGAAAAAGAAUGCGAUCUGGAUGGCGACGUUGAAUUCCUCUCCCUUCAGUCCUUGAACAGGACACUGCAGAGUCAGUUGAAUGAAUCCGUGAAAAGCACUGAGUUACUGCAAAAUAAAAACGAAGAACUAAUUAAAACCUUAGAAAGCCAAAGAGAAGAAGAGAGAAGAUUAACUAGAAUAAUCCACGAGAGAGAGCAAGAACUGCUUGAAAAGAAGCGACAGAAUGAUAUUGAAUCAACAAAGCUCAAACUGGAAGCAGAUGAGAUGCUGGCCCACAUGAAGAGUUUCCAGUAUAAGUUAGAAGCAGCUGAGAAAGAGAACCGGAUCUUGGGUAUCACUUUGCGUCAGCGAGAUGCAGAAGUGAACAGACUACGUGAAUUGACAAGGGCUCUGCAGGGCAGCAUGUCCAAGCUUCUGUCAGACCUCACCAUGGACACUAAACCAAAACUAGGAAAGAGCCUGUCUAAAGCUCUCCUGGAAAUCCAUGAAAAACAGCUGCAGCCUGACACGUACCCUCUCAGUGCUUCCAUAAUGAGCUACCUCCAAAACGUCGAGACUGAUCCCGUUCAGGUAAAUGCAGAGCCCCUCUCAAAAGGCGAGACGAAAGAAGCAGAUCAAAUGGAUGACCAGGCAGCUGAACGCUCUCCUCAAAAGUCUCCUCCUGGGGCACAAGUGGUACUGGCACCAACAAACACUUUCACCUGUCUCAAGGCUGAUAUGGAGACAGCCAGUGAUUUGAGCACUCUAGUGGGAGAAGACAAGCUGGAUGAGACGAUUUACAUCCCCUUGACUAGCAGUCCGUCAAAGAGAUUGGCGGCAGCACCUGAAAGAUGUGGCAUGUCUCUCCGAGAGCCGAAAAACCUUGACCCUGAUUUUGGAUUGGCUGAUUCUAAAUGGUCAAGCAGGUCUGGGGUGCCGGGCAAGGCAAAAGUCCUCGAUAAAUUCAGCAGUAGCUGCACUCUAAAAAAGGCUGUGGAAAAUAAAUCUGAAAAUAUGGGGAGGACAGCAAAGCUGGAAGGCAAGAGGCCUCAAACGCAGCCAAGAGAAAUAACAAACGGAGCUGCUAAAGAGAUUUUGGAUAAUCCAGGGAGACGUCAGCCUGAUAAAUUCUUUUAUACUCCCAUUUCACAUUGCAAAGAAAAUGUGCAGAAAAAAGGCCUUGGAAUUUCUGCUCCUGACUCAAGUUUUUCGACAUUUGAUUGCUUGUCAAAAAAAUCAGAAUGGACUAUAUCUUCCUUUUCAACGUUCACUUCUCAGGAUGAAGAGGACUUUAAAAAUGGUCUUGCAGCCUUGGAUGCUAACAUAGCAAGACUGCAAAAGACAUUGCAGAACAAUUUGAGUUCUUAUGGAUGA